ACCAGCGGCAGCUCCAGCGUGCUCCUGCCGCCAUGCCCGUGCCGGGCGGAAGUCGACGCGCCGCCGGGCAUCACGGGGCGGGUGCGGCGGUUCCGGCAGGGAAGAUGGUGGCGCCGGGGGCGCUCCGCGUGGUGCGGUGUGGCGGCAGCCCCCGCCACGGGGCCAGGGCCGUCUUCUCCAAUGACUCCAAGUACCUGCUCUGCGCCUCGGGCGACUUCGUGAAGAUGUACAGCCUGGCCACCGAGGAGACGCUGCGGCUGCUGGGGGGCCACGGCGGCCUGGUGACGGGCGUCCAGCUCAACCCCCACAACUGCAUGCAGCUCUAUUCUUCCUCUCUUGAUGGCAGCAUUAAGCUUUGGGACUUCAUGGAUGGCAUUCCCAUUAAGACUUUCACUGUAGGACACAAACUUCUGGCACUGUAUGCGCUUGCUAGUUCUGAGGACUCAGUGUUUGUUGUCGUUCCAAAGAGUAGUGAAAGAGAUACAUUCCAGCUGGUCUCAGUUAAGCUGACAAAAGCAGCAGGCCAAGAUUUGGAAGCCAAGGAGUUGUCAGUGGUUUUGGACAGUGUGGAUGCAUCACCAAAGUGUAUUGCAUUUGGAAGAGCAGGUGAAUAUGUGGCAUCAGUGAAAGAGGUUAAUCUCCAAGUUUAUUUUUUUAAACAGAAACAGUUGAACAGGUUUUCUGUAAGUGCAGUGAAGGCAAAAAGUGGAAACAAUCACUUCACUUGCGUAGCAUGCCAUCCUAAGGAGGAUUGUAUUGCAACUGGCCAUGCUGAUGGAAAGAUUCGUCUCUGGAGGAAUUUCUACCACAGGAAAGAGUACACAUUUUCCACUCUGCACUGGCAUCAUGAUACUGUCAUGGAUCUAGCUUUUUCUGUGGAGGGAACCAGCUUGCUAAGCGGCGGAGUUGAAUCUGUUCUAGUUCUGUGGCGCAAUGAGUCCGACUAUCAGAAGGAUUUCCUCCCUCGUUUGGGAUCUGCUAUUGAGUACAUCUCCAUGUCACCUGAUGGCGCAUUUUGUUGCACCUUGCAUACGGACAACAGAAUUACAAUAAUCAACAGCAACCUAAGAUUUUCCAAAAGUAUUCAAGGGCUAAUCAAAAGUAUGGAUAUCAAGACUGGUCUUGUGGUUGAUCCUAGAACCAAAGCUUUGGUUUUGAAUGGAGAGCCUGGCCACUUGCAGUUUUAUUCUCUACAAAGUGACCAACAGCUGUUCAGUUUGGAUAUUGUACAACGACAAUACAUCCAUCAGGCAGGUUUAAAACAAGUUGACUUGGUAAAAGUUGCAUUUAGUGCACAAGGCAAGUGGUUAGCAACAGUAGAAGAGAGAGAAGAAGUAACUGACCCUGAGUUACAGUUGAAGCUGUGGUUCUAUGAUGAAGAAACACAAAGCUUUAAACUGAAUACUAGAAUAAAUACGCCCCAUGAGGACCACAUAACAGGCAUGUGCUUUCGUGACAUGGAUGAAUCGGAAGAUGACUCUUUGCUACUGGUAACAGCUGGCAGAGAUUGCGUGUUUAAAGUCUGGGUGAUGGUAGAAGACACUGAUCCAGAGGCACAGCAAAGUGUGAGCUGGAGUUGUGACUUUGUAGGCAGCUACCACAACUACCAAGCUACUAACUGCUGUUUCUCAGAAGAUGGCUCUCUGCUUGCUGUUAGCUUUGAAGAAACUGUCACUGUGUGGGAUUCAGUUACUUGGGAUCUUAAGUGUACGUUUUGCCAUCCACCUGGAAAAAUAAGGAACAUCUGCUUUGGGAGACUAACAUGUUCCAAGUACCUUAUUGGUGCCACUGAUUAUGGCUUUCUGUGUUGCUGGAACCUGCUCAAUUGUGCAUUGGAAUGGAGUGCCCACCUCAACAUCCUAGUUCUGCAACCCGAUCCCCUUUCAGAAUAUAUUGCUGCUGUCUCAUGGCUCUCAAAAGAGUCCAGCUUGUUUGUGUUUAAACCAAAUGAGCCCCGGCCAAUCUAUAUCCAGAGAAACCUUUGUAAAGAAAAGAUCCAGCUUGCUGCCUUUGUUCCAAGAGAUGAACCUGAAAUGAUCAGUGCAGAAAAAUACCUUUGGCUAAGAAGAUCCCAACUAUUUUUUCUUACAGAUACGCAAGAGCUAAUGACGCUUAGCACAAAGUCUUUGGAAGAGAGGCUUACACCAGCAAGCAAACAGCUGGCAGUAGAAGAAGGUCUUCUUGUGACUCCGUUUAGCUUGCUGUUCGGAAGACACAGACGUCAGCAAUCACAAGAGGAUCUUGGAAAACUAGCUGUCCAUAAUAAGCAUUGGCAAGAUUCACCUGCUGUCAAAGAGCUUUUGCACACUCCAGCACAUGUUUUGCCAUCUGCUUCCUUCCUCUGUCCUAUAUUUAUUAAUUCAUUGCUCAUCUCCAAAGAGAACAAAAGUGCUGAAGAAGUUUCUGAUGAAGUGGAAAUGGAAAGUGAAAACACAGAGGAUGAUUCAGAUGAAGAAAGAGAUGCUGCUGAAAUGGAACAAGAAGAUACAAAUCCUAUGGAAUUAUUAGGAGAGACGAUAUGUAAACUGUCUAAAUCACAGGACAAAGAGCUACGAAAAAUAAGAAAAAUGGAUUACAGUUGGAUAUCGGCUUUCUAAACAGACAUAUGGUGGUUUUUAUAUUAUAAGCUGAAGCUUUGUGGAUUAAAUAUUCUUAAAAAAAAGUCUUCAGAUCUUUUGGCCAUAAAUUUUAGCAGCCUCUAUUUCUGUAAGAAAAGAAAACUAGGGGGAUGGAUUAAACUUUUGAAAAGCUGGUUCUGUUCUUAGUUUAUUACUGAUUCUGUGGUUUUAACCUCGGGGGGGUUCCCUCUUACAAAUGUACUUUAAAAGCUAGUAGAAAAAUUGAGCUCAUUAUCUGACUUGUGAUCAGUUAGCAAAGUUACAGCUAAGCUGCUGAAGAUCUCCCCCACUGAGGCUGGGCUGCUGCUGCCAAAGUGACAGCUAAUGGCUUAAGUUAGUAGGACUGUUUAAUGCAAGACUGGGUAGGGGAAAUCAGGAUAGUUCUUAGUAGUGCUGUAUAUGGGUAUCUAACAAGUCUUCUCCUCAGAAGUUCUUCUCUAGCUGUGGAGAGAGAUGGCAAAUGGUUUAAUAUGCCUGAUUCUAGAAUAUAGAUACCGAGAUAUUUGCUGCUGUUCAUGAAGUACAGGAUUCUUGGGUAUAAAGUAUUUACAUGUAUCAUCAGAGCAAAAUGAAACCUUCCCAAAUAUCAAGAAAACUAUACCAUAUAGAAAGAGAUGUCUGUUUUCCUGAGAAACAGCUUAUAGUAGGCCUGUUGUGCAUCAGCUAUAGUUUCUAUGUUCCACUUAACUGUACAACAUCAAGAGUGUACAGUACCUUUGAAGUAGUACAUUUGAAGGCCUAAAAGUGAAUACGGUCUGUUGUGGUGCCGCAGUGUGAAGGCAAGCUGAUGGAAAUUGUCAAAGUCACUAAAAGCUCUGAUGAAGCAACAUUUUGCUAAAAAUACUGAGAUUUAAAAUAUUAGAAAUGGGAAUCAUGUCUUCCAAGUCUUCUCAGUGAAAACUGUGCUCUCUCUAUUUUGUUUUCAAGGCAGUCGCAACUCACAGGCAAUGAGGGCCAAAGCUUUUUACUUUUUUGGGGGGGGAAAAAAAAAAGGCAAAAUCUGUCCUUUCAAACCAUGUACAAAAAAGGUUGAAAUUCAUCCUUGGGCAUCAAGGAAAGCAGCUCAGCAUGGGCUUUGCUGGAAAGUUUACUUCUCACAUUUUUACCAGGAAUGCCAAUGUUCAUUUGUAGUAAGCAGUGCUGUCUCUUGAAAUUCUGGCAAGUCAACUGCUAUUCUAUAUGAGCAGGUCACAGACUGAAAGUGAGACAGGAAGGCUGUAGCGUUACCUAGAAUGUGGCACUGUUGUUUGGGGCUGCCAGGGUGAAGGUGUGAGGCGAGUCCUCAGAAUGCAGUUUAAGAGGACAAAUACACUUCAAAAUGCCCUGCUUGUAGCCAGAUCCUGCUGUAAUGCAUCUUUUACCUGUGCAACCCCUCACAGAGGGCGGAGUAGAGCUACACCUGCAGCCACCCAUCCUACUCACCAGCAGGCUGACCCCCAAUCCAUACAGAUCUUAUGCCUGAGAAAUGGAAAAGCUGUCCUUCAGCCAGGCGGGCUUGUUCCCCUGAAAGGACACGUUGUGUAAAGGUCAGAAGAAGGCUGAUGCCUCGUGAUCCACAGCUCCUGCACUGCUGGACAGAAACAAGGACAUAAUCCCUUGUUGUCACUGGUACGCAGAUACACCUGGUGAGCUUUGCUUGCUGAUUUUGAUCUACUGAGCUUGUCUGUGUGACAGUGAGGGUGGUGCUAUUAGUGAGACCACGUGAGCUUUGUGUAUAAUCACUAAGGGCAAGAAGCUGGCAGAUAAAAACCUUAUAUGCAUAUCUACGUGCAGUAAAUGAAGUUACACCUACCAAACAAACAAAUAUGCACACUUGAUUAGGGGCAGGGUGUUCAUUUCAAGCAUACUGAGACCAUGUACUCUGGAAUACAGCAGUCAGUAGUGAACAGCCACUGUUAAAAAUGUCUGCCAAUAGGCCUGAAUGCUGGCUAAAUCCAAGUUAAAAUUAGUUUAAAACUCAUUGUUGCAGAAAGUGGGAUAUCUAGUGUACUUUUUCUGUUCUGUAAAUUUACAGUCAUAGAGGUGUCAAAACCUGAAUGUGGAGAAUAUAAAUACACUUCAAGAGCCAUUGCUUUGCACAAAAAGCCUUACUUAUAAUUUGUUUUAUGCAACUUGCAGUGAACUGCCCAAUGACAGUGCAUUGCACGCUCUUCAAAGUUCCUUCUAAUCAGACACCGAGGUGAAGAAUGCAUAAGUGAUUGUUAGUUUCAGACUAAACAGGCUAGGGUUAACAUUGUUACAGAGCGGCAAAGGGUUUCUGCAGCUUCUCAAAACAGUGAAGUUACCACAGCUCUUUAGACUUUUUUACUGCUGACUGCAAGAGACAACAAUAUUUUCUUCUAUCACAGAUUAUUCACAUAGGAAUAAUAUUUCUAUAAUUUUUAAGCAAAGUUUUUCAUGUUUUGUUUUGUUGUUUAUAGGCCUUGGUAUGACAGAAAAGUAAUAUAUUUUAAAACCUUCCCAAGUUUCUCAAAGUUUGCCUGGAAGUUCAUCUAAUUUUUAUUUCUCUUUCAAAUUUACUGGAAAUGGAGGAAAACAGUAACAGUGUCAUAACUACCACCAGGUUUCUGCUUUGUAUUUUUCUCCCAUUUUAUAACAGCUGUUUAGGUAACUUUCUGGUUUAUGUAGCUUAAAGGAAAAAUCACAGCUCCCCAAAUAUUGUGCAAUUUUUGUUUCCAUUCCUCUUAUCUAGAGAUCUAGAACUGAUCUGGCCUUUUCUGAACCUUGGACCCGGUGGAUUUUUUUGCUAAAUGAAAAGUUGCAACAGAACAAAUACUGAAAACUUGUUAAGAUUGUAAUGGACAAAUGACAGGGUUUUGAAAACUCUGAGGUUUUGAAAAAUAGAAAGUACAGUAAAAACAAAAAUUAGUAAACAGAUCAUACGCACAGCCCCUCAUAUACACACACACCUAACAUUUGCUGCCCAAGGAGAGACACACUGAAAGGUUUUUUCCACUUUUCUUAAAGAACAUUUGAUUCCAGCUCUGUGGGGGAAAAAAAGCACAAGUUGAGUAGAGAGAUGUAUAUGUGUGUUGUUUCAAAAGUGCUGACUGCAUCGCAGCCUGGUAUUGUGUUCUUGUGUCAGCAAUACUGAAGGGCAGCUUUAAAAGUUAAGAAGGAGCUCUCGAUAUUUGUUAGUGUCGGGGGUUUUAAACUUCACACUUCUUGUGAAAGUCAAGUGCUCUACUGGAGAGCAACCAGGUAUGAAAGAAUUGCCAUACAAUUCAGCAUCUAGAUGCAAUUUAGUUUAGAGUUCAGGCAGUAGAGGAGUGUGUUAGGAAUCUUCAUCAAGAAAAGAUACAGUUGUUGGGGUUCUAUUUUCUUACCUUUUUCUUUAACUAAUUUUGUUUUGCUUUGCACAUGAGAUUGAAUGUUCUGGGAUAACAAAGAGAUUGUUCACUUUGUAGUUUUGUGCGUAUUUUUUUUCUGUUGAAGUAGGAAAUAUAUUUCUGUUUAAGAGUUUUACUACAUUUAGUAGGCACAUUCUGACCAGCCUUUGAAAAGUGUCUUCUGGAAGAUACUGCAGUUAUAACAAUGAAGAAUUCAGAGGGAGGGCUCUCAUCUGUCUUUGCCUGCUUUGGAAUGCUUUAUUUUUAAAACAGUUAUUUUAAUUUUUUUUAAUCUUGUCUAUCUCAGUGGAAAUGAAAGUUCUCCAUAUUUAGUGCAUUGCCCUAAAUAAAAUCUUAAUUUGAUUUUUUUUGCUUCUAAAGGCUUCUUUUUGAGGAUUUUACUAUUCUUUUUCAGAAAGAUUUGACAUAAAAACACAGAGAAAGCGUUUCAACUUAGUGUCAUAAUUUCAGUGGCACAAUAAAUACAACAGGCACAAUAAAUACAAAUACCUCGGCAACAUGUAGAGCUCAGUGUUAAAUGACUUUGGGAUGCCGUAUGCAUCACCACAGGACAGUGACUGCCAUUGAAGCAGCCACCAGUUAUUUGGGCUGAGGGACAGACCAUGCAACAGGAGAAUUGCUAACUUCCAAAAUCUUCCACUCAAGACAAGCAGUCAGAUAAACAUGAAGACCUGAAACAUCAGCAGCUAUUGAAUGCAUUAUAAAGUAUAAAUAGAUAGACAAUCAGUUAUGACAUACAUCACAGCAGUGGGAUUUGACAUAGAUGCUGCUUCCCUGUGACACGACUCUGGUGUUGCUAAAAAUGCAGAGGAGAGGUGACCAGUAAUUUUAACCCACUGGUUCCAGUCAAGCUUAGUUCCACAGAGACUGAAAAUCACUGCUGUGCACUGGCAUGUUGUGGCCCCUGACUCGUUAGCGUAACAGUGAACAGCAGCAUCAAAACAUGUCCUGGUCCUUUGUGAGCAGACUUGGCAGGAAAGCUGCCAUAAAGGCUAGUAUUACUAAACAGUGAUGGCUGUAUUUUUUCAGUUGUUCAAGAAUGGGCAUGGGGAAGAAGAACUCCAAAUACUGCAGUGUAUUUUAGCAUCACCUGGAUUUUGUAUUUCACAUGUAUUUCUGCCUAGCAACCAUUUGGCUGUCUGACCUUUGAGAAGCCUCUUCCAGAUAUGUCAAUCUGCCAACUUCCCAGCUGCAAUGAGCUUUUUAAAGAGUGCAGUAACAGCCAGAAUUUGAAUCAACAAAGAAUGGGACAGGCAUAAACCUCAACAACUUGAAAUAUAACUUGAGGGACUCCAACAGACCUUCUAGUCCACCCUCCUGCCCUGAAGCAGAGUAACUGAGGUACACUUAUCCCUGCCAGAUAUUUGUCUACUUUUGCAAAACUCUGAUAAAAAUCAUCCUAUGAUCUAUGUAAUCUGUUCAAU